AUGGCUGCGAAAGAUGAUGAUGCUCUUAACUCGACCGGGCCCGAUUCUUCCGCGGAAACUACCGUAACUACGGUUUCUACACCCACGCCUGCAACGCCUCAAUCGGAACACUUUAUGUUGCCGAAGCCUGUCGCAGGGAAUGCUCAGUCUGGGAAAAGCGAGGCUUCUCGAAAUCUGGAUAACUAUAUUGGCGUUGGUGUUUUGAGAAGGCGCAAUGGAAGGUACGAUAACGGAUUCACAGCGCCUGUCGAACCGGAUAACUUUCCGGCAUCGGAAAUCGCGGCUUUGGAAAGACACCACUGGAUAUGGACUGAGACGAUAGAAUUCGCGGAGAAAUCGUCGUGGUGUGGUGUUCGCGUUUAUGUGCUGCCUGACGACGUCGGGCGCAAGUCCAUACCACGUUCGAGCACAGCAUUGAGGCGCGCACUCAAGGCAGUCAUGAUGAGGAUUGACAGAUCAGACGAAGCGUGGAACGGAAGUGUCCGUGUAGAUCAGAAGGCUGCCGAUAACCCUGUGGGUAGUCUGGAGGAUGAGUCUCUUUGGUAUAUCUUCAAUACGCUACAGGAUCCAAAACCCCAGUUGGAUAGUAUGAGGAAUGCGUAUGCGAGAAGAGCGAUGCGAGAGCUACUUACGGUAACUGCGCAUGGAGAGGAGGAAUCAGGCCAGGAUUACUCUGGGGUGCUGGGUCUCAAGACGCCUCUGUACCCUUACCAGCGCCGAUCGGCUGCUACUAUGGUCCAGCGGGAAGCGCAGCCUGCGCAGGUGCUGGAUCCGCGGCUGCAGGCAUUUAAGAGUCCUAGGGGCGAGGACUACUACUACGACAAGGAAGAGGGGAGUAUAUUUCGGGAGAAGAAGAUGUAUUCGGAGGCUUGUGGAGGUAUCCUUGCGGAAACCAUGGGCUGCGGCAAGACACUCAUUUGCUUGGCUGUAAUCCUGGCAACGCGAGGCCAUUUCCCCGAUAUACCGCUCGAAUACCAGGAGAUGAAGAACCCCAUCCGACAAGUGACGGGGAGUCUUGUUGAGAUGGCAGCCGCGACAGCAGGCCGCUUCUCGCUGCCGUGGAAAACCCACUUCGACACUCUGGGCUACUACGGCACGUUCUAUGAGCGAUGUGUUAUGGAGUGUGAGAGGCACCGUGGCGCCUAUACUAUACCUCCACCACCGGCAAGGCACAGAGGUCGAAGUGGAGUGGCGUAUCCUAGACCGCCGCCUCAGAAAAUCCGUCUUUGUUCGGGGACGUUGAUCAUCGUGCCCCCUAAUCUGGUCAACCACUGGCACAAUGAAAUUUCGGCACACACCGAUGGCUUGAAGGUGCUUGUACAAAGGAACAGCUCUGACAAGACUCCUUCACCAGAUGAGCUAUUGCAGUACGACAUCGUUCUAUUUUCGCGAAUCCGCUUCGAAAAGGAGGCGGGCGAGGUGGUCAAUAACAGACGUAUUUCUUUUACGCCCGAGGAGUCCCCUUUGACAAAACUUCACUGGCUUCGGAUCAUCGUCGAUGAAGGCCACAAUGUGGCUGGUAGUGGUAACCGGACCACUAUGAUGCAUAUCCUGAGUCAGCUUCACAUUGAGCGUCGGUGGAUAGUGUCUGGAACCCCAUCCAGCGGGCUGUAUGGGGUAGAAGUCAGUUUGGCUUCUCAGGAGACACAUACUAGCGAGACUGAUCUAACUGAGGCUACUACGACUGUACUUCGAGGUAGAAAGAAGACAGGGAACGCUUUGGACAGUGAGCUCAAGGAUCUCGACAAGCUACGAUACAUCGUGAUUGACUUCCUCGACCUGAAGCCGUGGUCGAACCCUCGAACAAGCGACCCGGCCAAUUGGACAAAGUACAUUAAGCCCAUCGGCGAAGAUGGUAGGCGACGGAAAGCACAGUCUCUCCGGGCUACCCUGCAGAGCCUUGUUGUGCGACACCGUCUGGAGGUCAUCCACAGUGAGAUUCCUCUACCAAGACUGCAUAACAAGGUCGUUCAUCUGGAGCCUACCUUCUACGAUAAAUUGAACUUGAACAUGUUUAUCUUCGGCCUGGCCGUCAAUGCCGUCACUUCGGAGCGCACCGACCAAGAUUACAUGUUCCAUGCUCGGAACCGCAAGCACCUUAGCACUGUAAUCAACAACCUUCGUCAAGCAGGGUUUUGGUGGGCUGGCUCGGACGAUAUUGCUCCCACGAUCGACGUCGCCCUGAAGUAUCUGGAAUUACGGGGGGACAAGACAAGCAAAGAGGACAUAGAGACAUUACGCGAAGGCGUUCGAAUUGCACAAAAGGCUCAAGCAUCUGGAUGCUGGCGUGCUUUCAAGAGGAUGCAUGAGCUCGGUGUUUUCAUCCAGGACUUUCCCGAGCACGCUCGAAGUAUGUGGGCCAUUGACUCUUCGGUCGCACACCAAGAGCCACUUCUGCUGGGCAUAACUCAGGCGCGCCAGGCACAGAAAUUUGUCACAAAGCACCUGAACACGUACGACCCAGCAGAGGGGCUUGCCGGUGCAGGGAUCAAGGUCCGUCGCGAGCUCUCAGGGCGAGAAGGGGACAAUCUAAGUCCGAAGAAGACCACUCCAGACAAACCAGUCAAGAGCAACUCACCCAAAAAGACAUACACCAAGGGGCUAUUCAAGACCCUAUCGGAUGAAUCCCCUCUCACGCAAACCAAACUGGUCGCUACAGCCUCAGCAAAGCUAACAUACCUCCUGGACCAAGUGUCCGAGCUGCACAAAACCGAGAAAAUCAUCAUCUUCUACGACAACAACAACGCGGCCUUCUGGAUAGCCGAAGGCCUCGAACUCCUCGGUAUAGACUUCCGCAUCUACGCCAGUACCCUGAAACCCACCAUGAGAGCAGAAUAUCUCGCCCUAUUUCGCGAGUCGGAAGAGGUGCGCGUCCUCCUAAUGGACCUGCGCCAGGCAUCGCACGGCCUGCACAUCGCCAACGCCUCCCGAGUCUUCAUAGUCAAUCCCAUCUGGCAACCGAACGUCGAAAGCCAGGCCAUCAAACGAGCCCAUCGAAUCGGCCAAACCCGCCCCGUGUUCGUCGAGACCCUCGUCCUCAAAGACACUCUCGAAGACAAGAUGUUGAAGCGCAGAAAAGCAAUGACAGACAGCGAGAUCCACCACGCCGAACGAGACCUCCUAGACGACAGCACCAUGAGCUCCAUCAUCCAGAACGAGCGUUACAUCCCGAUGCCCGAAACCGAAGACUCCAGCUUCACCCGAGGCGCGUUCCUGAAACAUCCAACUGGCCUAUUCGACCGACACAAGCUUGCCGUUGCCGAUGACGAGGAGGAAGGAAUAACAAGCAAGCCGGAACUACCGGAUCACAGCAAUACCCCGCGGAAGCGGAAACAUGCUAGAACUGUGGAUAUAGACGAGAGCACCGACGAGCCGGAUCUCGUCACGCCGAAAAGGCGCAAGUCCACGCCCCCCGGUCUGGGUUUUCUCUCGCCGCAGGGCAUCCUCAUGACGCCUCCGCCAGCCUGGAGCCGGUCUCCUCGGGCUUCGCCAUUUCCGGUGGUAGAAACGGAUAAUGCUCACGCGAGCACGGACGGCGCAGAAGCAGGGAAGAAGAAGAGGGUGUCUUUGUUCGGAGGGGCGUGUCCUGAUUGA